AUGCCAACCGAGCGGACAUGGACCGUUGAAGCGCUCGAACCUGACAGUUACGGUAUUCAGCUGCAAGUCAAGGUGGUGGAACUGCUGGUGCGAAUGGAAGCCGAUGACGGUCAAGGCAACACCACGAGUGUCUAUGAAUACCUUGUAGGAGACCAGACAAGUUCCGUCGUACUGCAAACCACCAAAGAACUGCCGCUUCACCAAGUUCUUCGUAUCCAGAAUGCAUACACGCAGGUCGUUGAAGGAUCGCUACGUCUUGUAGUGUCUGCAGAAAAUAUAACCAUCGAUGCAUCCAGUCCUCCCUCCGCUAUUGAAUCCAUAGGUGAUCAUAAUAUAUCUCUUAUCCAGUUUAAACGGAGAGCAUAA